AUGUCGUCAUCCACCAAUGUAGCAAUGCAUACAGCAAGCGUUGAAUCACUUGCAGAAGUUUUUCGAUGUUUUAUUUGUAUGGAAAAACUUCGUGAUGCUCGUUUAUGUCCACAUUGUUCUAAAUUAUGUUGUUUUCCUUGCAUUAGACGAUGGUUAACAGAUCAACGUCAACAAUGUCCUCACUGUCGAGCGAGUCUGCGUUUACACGAUUUAGUUAACUGUCGUUGGGCUGAAGAAGUGACAAUACAAUUAGAUAGUUUACAGAUAAAUGAAAUAAGUAAACAAAAACGCGAAGAUAAAGAUAAGUGCGAUUUACAUCGAGAAAAAUUGAGUGUCUAUUGUUCAACGUGUUCAAAAUGUAUAUGUCAUCAAUGUGCUCUGUUUAAUGGGACUGUGCAUUCUGGUCAUACAUUUUUACAACUAGACGAUGUAUAUCAAGUUAAUAUGACGAUGAUUAAUGAUCAAAUGACCCAAUUGAAACGGCGACAUGUCGAACUAAUUUGCCUUGUACAAGAUGUUGAGCGUAAUGUUGAUAAUAUUAAAACAGCAAAAGAUGAUCGUAUUCGAGAAACACGCAAUGCUGUACAUGUCAUGAUGGCCCGUUUAGAUGAACAGUUAAAAACGAAACUUGAUUUAUUAAAUAGUCAACGUUCACAAUUUUCUCGUGAAACAGAAUUAAUCGAACAUGUAUUACAAGAUAUCGAACAUAAAAUUAAAACAAGUGGUAAAGCAGAAAUAAUUUCAAAACAACAGGAUCUAUUACAAUCAAUACAAUUUAUUUAUCGAAAACCAAUGACAAGUUUUGUAACCACUCCUAUACCGAGUGAUUUUAGCAGUGAAAUUGUUCCUCAAUACGAUUCAAGUACAUAUGUAAUAAAUAAUUUUACAAUUUUACAGCAUAAUGUAGAUCCAGUUUACAGUCAACCGCUACAAAUAAAUGGAUUAACAUGGCGUUUAAAAGUCUACCCGGAUGGUAAUGGCACAGUUCGUGGAACUUAUUUAUCGGUAUUUCUAGAACUGACAACCGGUUUAAGUGAGCCGUCAAAGUAUGAAUAUCGCGUGGAAAUGAUUCAUCAACUAAGCAAAGAUCCAGUAAAAAAUAUAAUUCGUGAAUUUGCAUCCGAUUUUGAAGUUGGUGAAUGUUGGGGUUAUAAUCGUUUUUUUCGUCUCGAACAAUUGGCAUCCGAAGGUUUUCUUGAGAAUGAUACACUUAUCCUACGAUUUCAAGUUCGUCCCCCAACAUAUUAUCAGAAAAGUCGAGAUCAACAAUGGUACACAAAUCAUUUGGAAAAUGAAAAUCAUCAGUUACAAAAUGAAAUCAAAGUUUUAAGAGAUAAAUUAGAUCUUGUUUCUAAUCGUCGACGUAAUCCAGAUUCAGCCACUUCGUCUUCACAUCUUUAUCCUAUGCCUGAUGCAUCGAAAAAUACGGAUGAUUCAACAGUAAUAGCAAUUAAUAAUAAUUGUAUUGAUGAAACACGACGUAAACCUCAAGUAACUCCAUUAGCAAUUGAGCAUGUAAAUAGAUCAAGAAGAAUGAAUGAUGCUGAUGGAGAACAAGACGAAAUAACCACAGAGUCUGAUUCAUCUUGUCCGAUAGAAAGUGAAUCGUUGAGUUCUGACGAUGAAAAUGACGUUGAUUUAGAAAAUGCGUACGUAUAG